AUGGACCACACACAAAGCUCAUGGGCUGCGCAGGCUUCCGCUCCCGAGAAACUGAGCGAACUCUACAUAAGGGACUCUCCCUAUCGAUCGAUUGCCAUCGUGUCCUCGUCCCAUGUCCUGGUAUUGCGAUAUAGCUCGUCGGCGAGCAGCGAUACACCUCAAAAUGGAUCGGUAACCUCUCUCCAUUCCAUCAAGUCUCGUGGCGGCGUAGACUCCCAUGCUGCGAAGUGCAUGGUGGAAUUUGCCCCUAUAUCGAGCCAACUGUUGAAGGACUACCGCCCGCUGAGCCUUAUGCCUGUGUAUGGGACACUAGGUCUCAUUUCCGCCAACGGCGAAGUGUUCUUGUCAGUCAUCACCCAGGCCAAGAGAGCUGCUACUAUUCGACCGGGGGAGACAGUGGAAAAGAUUGCAACUGUGGAUUUCUACUGUUUGAGCAGCGCAGACUAUGACGAUGUCGUGCCUUUGGAACCACAGGAGUCAGACUUCUCGGAUACCAUGUCGACAUAUAGCAGUCAGUCUGGAUACGGCCAAAGCCUCAGUCGCCGCGAGGUUGCUGUGGAACAUCCUUGCCACGAGCUGCGAAAGUUGCUGAGCAAUGGAUCAUUCUAUUAUAGUACCGAUUUUGAUGUGACAAACAGGCUACAAGAUAGAUCUAUUAACCCCAAUUCAUUCGACAUCGACAAUUUUGAUGACACAUACCUGUGGAAUUCGUUCAUGAUUCGUCCACUUGUCGAGUUUCGCUCGCGCCUCAUGCCGCCAGAACGAGAGGCUUUGGACUCCUCGCGAAUCCUCACGUCUGCUAUCCGUGGAUUCUGUAGUACGGUGACUAUUCCUCAGAGGGCGUCCCCCUUGCGUGAACCAAGGAAUGGAAUGCCAUCCUACAUGAGCCUGAUCUCGCGGCUGUCAUGCAGAAGAGCCGGAACCCGCUUCAACUCCAGAGGCAUUGAUGACGAUGGGUAUGUAGCAAACUUUGUGGAGACUGAAACGAUAUUCUGCAGCCCAGCAGGCACACUAUUCUCCUAUGUCCAGGUUCGAGGCUCGGUACCCGUGUUCUGGGAGCAAGCCGCAGACCUUCUUCCUGGCAGACAGAAAAUCGCCAUCACUAGAUCGCCUGAAGGAACCCAGCCUGCCUUCAACAAGCAUUUCGAAGACCUGGAGCACAUAUACGGCGCAGUCCACAUCAUAAACUUGCUGAGUGACACGAAGCCCGCAGAAGUUGAACUGUCGACACUGUACCGCAACGCUAUUCGACACUCUCCAUACAGCCAGUCCAGCGGUGGCUCAGCUGAGCACGCUUUGCUUCGUGAGACACAUUAUGACUUUCAUGCGGAAACAAAAGGUCCAGCAGGCUAUGAAGCUGCCAAAGAUAUUCGCCGGUAUAUCGAAGAGUCAACAGACGGGUUUGCCUACUUUCUUGCUGAGAAAACAGAUGACCCGGCUGAUAAGACCGGUGAGACCAAUAGCGGCCGAAUGGUGGUUGUAUUGCAACAAGAUGGUGUGUUCCGCACCAACUGCCUGGAUUGUUUGGACCGGACGAACUUGAUCCAGACAUUGAUUUCACAAAUGGCUGUGGAGUCGUUCCUGGCUCAUCGAAGCGACUACGCGGCAUCUGACUUCUGGGCGAAUCACGCCAACCUCUGGGCAGACAAUGGCGACUCCUUAUCCAAAAUCUACGCGGGGACCGGCGCCCUGAAAUCUUCCUUCACACGUCAUGGCAAGAUGUCCCUGGCCGGUGCCAUGGCCGAUGUGCGCAAGUCGGUACAGCGCAUCUACCAUAACAACUUCGUCGACCCUUCGCGGCAAGUGACGAUUGACAUGUUGCUUGGCCGCCUUAUGGGUCAGGCUCCAGUGCAUUUGUUCGAUCCCAUCAGCGAUUUUGUUUCGAUUGAGCUCUCCAAGCGCAGCAAUGAAUUCACAUCGUCAGAAACAAUCACCAUAUGGACCGGCACAUUCAACCUCAACGGCCGCACAGACGGCAUAGGCCACGACUUGUCACCCUGGCUGUUUGGCCCCUCACCAGGCGUCGAACAACCCGAAAUCUAUGUCGUUGCCUUUCAAGAAAUCGUUGAGCUAAGCCCUCAGCAAAUUAUGAACAGUGACCCUUCAAGAAAGCAUCUGUGGGAAGAAGCCGUCAAGCGCACGUUGAACGAUAGGCAAGCCCGACUUGGAGGUGACAGAUACGUCCUCUUGCGAAGUGGACAACUUGUCGGGGCCGCUCUAUGCAUCUUUGUAAAGACGUCUGUACUGAAGAACAUUAAAAAUGUCGAGGGAAGCGUCAAAAAAACGGGUCUUUCAGGUAUGGCUGGAAACAAGGGAGCCGUGGCCAUUCGAUUCGAUUACGCCAAUACGCAAAUUUGCUUUGUCACGGCGCAUUUGGCAGCCGGGUUUUCAAACUACGACGAGAGGAAUAGAGAUUACACGACGAUUCACCACGGGCUGCGAUUUCAGCGUAAUCGAGGGAUCGAAGAUCACGAUGCCAUCAUUUGGAUGGGUGACUUCAACUAUCGCAUUGGACUAGGCUUAGAAACCGCAAAGGCUUUAGUCAAAAAGCAAGAUCUGGAGACACUCUACGAAAAUGACCAGCUCAACUUACAGAUGGUUGCUGGCUUAUCGUUCCCAUUCUACUCGGAGGCUCGGAUCAAUUUUAUGCCCACGUACAAAUUCGACGUCGGUUCAGACACCUAUGACAGCUCUGAAAAGGCACGAAUCCCAGCAUGGACAGACCGCAUCCUCAGAAAAGGCGCUAAUCUCCGCCAAACCUCGUACGAUUCCGCACCACUCAAAUUCUCAGACCACCGCCCGGUAUAUGCUACGUUUGAAUGCAAAGUCAACAUUGUUGACGAGAAAAAACGCGAAAAUAUCAGCCGCGAGCUGUACCAGCGCCGCAAAGCAGACGUGGGCGAUCCCACGGCCCAUCUGGGCGACGGCGAAGAAUCAGAUGACGAGGACCUGAUUGGGUAUGAUUCCAUUGAGCCCGGUCUUCCGCCUGCGAGUUCAGACCGUCAGAAAUGGUGGCUGGAGAACAGACAACCUGCGCGGGCGCAAGUGGCAGCGCCUCAUGGUCGCGACGGUCUCCCAAUGGCCUUGAAUCCGAACCGGCCGUCAAAUCCAUUUGGUCAGAGUGAAGAGCCUGACUGGGUAUCGGUGCCGAGGUCGUCACCUGGAUAUUCUAGUAUAUCGAGCUCGCCGUAUGAGAAGGUGUCAUUGCCAAAAGCGAUGGCUGAACGGGCAGCGGCAGUGUCGAGAAAACAGCUUCCAAUCCCAUAUGAGCCUUCUACGCUACCCGCGCAGGUGGGACGCUUACGACUAGAUGAUGAGCAGAGCAUUAGCAGUCAAUCUGAUACGGGCAAAUCUGCAACACCACCACCGCCGCCGCCGCCGCCUCGACGACAAACGGCAAGUUCGAGACUCAGCACAUCUGCUUCUGCUACUACAACGCAGGGCUUCGGUUUGGAUAGAACCCAGACUCUACCGGCAUUACCCACAACACCGGGCUCCGCACCGGUAGCUACACAAGCAUCACAGGUAUCACAGCUGUCGCAACAACUUGCAGGCAAAAGCGGCAAGUCUCCUCCGCCAGUGGGCAAAAAGCCCGCCCAUCUGGCCGCAGGCUCACCACUCUCGAAGACAACAACUGGUUCAACAAUGAGCACGUCUGCACGAAGUGAGGCCGCCACGCCUGCUCGACCUGCACGGUCGGCGUCUACCACAUCACAGGUGAGUCAGCAAGCGUCGCUGGCUCGGAAAGCCGUGUCCGUGGCACCACAACAGAAGUCUGGUGAAUCUCAGUCGGCAACAGCAAUUGUUGGCGGUGGACAAGGCGGAGAGCGCAAGGGAGCAGCCGGCACAGCGGGGCACGCCAACGGAUUUAAACCUCCACUCCCAAGUCGGCACGGCCAGGAGGCUGCAGGAUCCUCUGCAUCCGUGGACCUGUUGGACUCGACGGAUGAUGAUGGCGGUGAAGGUAUUGGUGGGUGGGAAGCCCUGCAGCCCAGUUCGAAGCAAUAG